AUAAAAAGUUGUGUGUUUUUUUUUAGUUUAUUUAAAUGCUUAAAAUACAAAACGUAUAUGCAACUGUUUAUGUCAAGUACUAUGUUACAUAAUAUUAUUAUAUAAAAAAUAUGGUGUGAUUUACGUUUGAUAUUAACUUAAACAUAACCUCUUAUAAUGGCAUUAAAGUUUGAUGCAGCAGCGUACAGCUUUAGAAAAACCUGCCCGUACGUAGCCAAAGAUUUACUGCGUUGGUUUCCAGGGCACAUGAAUAAAGGUUUAAAACAGAUACAGAGGAAAUUAAAAUCUGUCGAUUGUGUCAUCGAAGUUCAUGACGCAAGAAUUCCUUUUUCUGGGAGAAAUCCCAUUUUUACAAGUACAAUAACAGGUGCAAAACCGCAUAUAUUAGUGUUAAAUAAGAAAGACUUAGCCAUUAAUUCAUUAGUACCAAGAAUCAAGGAUCAGUUAAUGGCAGAAGAACGUAUGAAAUAUGUGGUGUUUACAAACAGCAAAGAUCAGUUAUGCAGAGGACUUAAAAUACUCAAACCGCUUAUGAUAGACAUAAUAAAGGACUCCAACAGAUAUAAUCGCAGUGAAGAACAAGAUUAUAAUGUAUUGAUAAUUGGUGUACCUAAUGUGGGUAAAUCUUCUUUAAUAAACAUGCUUAGAAGUAAAAACACUCACCAGAAACAUGCUUUACAAGUUGGUGCGGUAGCUGGAGUUACAAAGAGCAUGCAUACUAAGAUAAGGAUAAAUAGCAAUCCUCAUAUUUUCAUGUUUGAUACACCUGGUAUUUUAGAACCAUCAGUAACCAAUGUAGAGAUGGGUUUAAAGCUGGCGCUUUGCGCAUCAUUACAAGACCAUUUAGUUGGUGAAGAGAUAAUAGCUGACUAUUUGCUUUACUGGCUCAAUGCUCAUGAGAACUUUAAAUAUGUAGAAUAUAUGGGAUUGGAGGAGCCAACUGAUGAUAUUAAUAGGGUACUAAUUGCUGGCAGUGCGAAAUUCAACCGGAUAAGACGUGUUCGCGAUUAUGACGGCCAAAUGAGGGAUGUCCCAGAUUUAAUAGAAACAGCUCGUACGAUGAUCAAGGGAUUCCGAACCGGGGAAUUAGGGAAGACAUUGCUUGAUAUACAUUUAUUAAAGGAGAAAAGUAAAGAUAGCUUAAGAAGCCAUUCAGGGACAAAUUAAUAUGUGAUAUUUGUCUACAAAGCCUCAGCAAGCGAAGCUCAAAUUUGUAUUAUUUUUUUCCCCUUUCUUGGCCUGCACGGUUUGUGCUUCAGCCAUGUACAAAAGUUCAAAUUUGUAUUUAAUUACCUAAAUAAAAAAAUAACUAUAGCCAAUUUGGCGCUGUUGAGUGGUCAAUUGUCCAAUUAAUUAAUCAAAGUCAGGAUAAUGUAAAUUGAAAUUUGAUAUUGACAAUGAACUCUCUCGAAUCUAAUUAAAUUUUUUGUCAAGUUUAGCAGGUCUUAAGUAAAAACAACCAAACGUCAUUCUUACUUUAUUGCUUGGUUCGUGCGUAAGUUUCGUAAGCACACACUAGGGUCUAUACUAAGGUCCUAUAUCGUCUUAGAAGUGUCUGCAAUACUUGCUAGUUGGAGAUUAUUUCGAAAAAAAAAUGUUGUUUUAAUUAUUAUAGUGUGUUAUUAUUAAUAUACUUCGUACAUGAACAUUUGUCAUUCGUUCUUCAUCGCUGCUCUUAGGCGACUCGCCGAUACAAACACAAAAAUUUAUAGAAAUAAUUUUGUCUAGUUUCCUCACCUAUUCAAGAAAUAAUAUAAAUUUCAUCUUCGAUUUACUUGAUUACAUAUUUGAAUUCAUAUAAAAAUGUUGAAAUUUCUCGUUCUGUUGUUUACUUGGUACAAUACUUUUUUUCUGUAUGCUGAUGGGUGUUCGUUCAAAACAGAAAAAGAAAAGAAAAACUGUUUUUUCUAAUUCUAAGAAAAAAAUGUGUAAAUAAAUAUAUGAUAAUUGAA